AUGGCCCCAGCUUUCCUCAGGAGUUUACGCCGCCGUUCGAAGGCGAGCAUUCGCGCUGAGCAGCAGUCUAGCACAGACGACUCCAGCGAGGGUGGUGGAACUAAUAGCCAAGGAACCGGUCCCUCGAGUGGCAGCGCGACUCCGGCAUCCAUAGCCCAACAAUCCGACCCAGCCCUCAACCUUCAGAUCAAAGAUUCCGCCAGCUCCGGCCAUGGAUCCCCGUCAACCGCGCCAGUACGGCCCCCGAUCGCGCCAGUACCCAACACGAACCGCCAUAGCGUCUCGGGCAUGUCGGGUCUAGGCGCCCCCUCGAUAUACGGCCGCCAGACACUCCCAGUCUCCCAGUAUGCGCCGAGGAUACACAAUGCCCAAGACGGCAUUUUUGUGUAUCAGAAAGUCCUCCUCGUCCAUGGUACAAUUGGCGAUGCGCAGAAUCCAAUUGACGGGACAUUGACCGUCACUAAGCUGGAUGACGAAUUCCCGCCGGUCUCCUGGCCAGUGUCCAGCUCAUACUUCAAAGCCCUGGUAUACCUGCAGCCAGGCCCCAACAAGAUUCGUUUCGAGUUCAGCAGCCCCAAGAUCCCCAACUCGGCCACGUCUAACCCGAUUCACGCUUCCUACAUGACCGUUCACAUGAUCCCGCCCCUCAGCACGCCACCUCUGCACCUCGCCAUCCUCCUCGGAAAAGACUCCCCCGGGCUCUACGAUGCGACGCCUGCUCGCAUCGAAGCUGAGGGGAACGGGCUGGAGACGGCCAUCAAGAAGUUCCGCAUGGCCGCUUACCUCUGGCAGGCUUUCACAGCCGAACAGAUGUGGCGCCAUAAACUGGGACGUCGAACAUUCCGCUUCGACGACGAGUGGACGACGGGAUCGGUCAAUUUCCGCGAUCGCGCAAACGGCACCAUGCGCUCCGAGGCCAAGGUCCACAUCAUCCGCUCCGACAAGACUGUUGCCGAGAUUCGCGACCUCAACAGGGCUCAACAGUACGGCGAGGCAACGGACAAGGGCGCCCUCUUCGACAUUGCCGGGGAGGCCGUAAGGAAGCACUUCCCCUCGCUCCCGGGCCAGAAGCAGUACGUCACCGUUCUGCUGAUGGAUGCGCACUGGGACAAGGAACACAAGACGAUCACCGGGCACGCCGCUCUCGGGGGUGGGGGUGGUGAUCUGCAGCUCGCCAUCUUCGGGUCCCACUGCCUCCACAGCUACCCCAGCACCCUGGAGGAGGUGGUGCCGGCCUUUACCGACUGCACACCGACCGACACCAACUACGUCGCCAACGACUGCAACGAGUCGGGGAGCUCGUGGGAGGCGGCAAACAUUGGCAUCGGCGCCCACCUGCACGAAGUCGGCCACUUGUUUGGCUGUCCGCACCAGGAGGCCGGCGUCAUGCUUCGCGACUACGUUGUCCUGAACAGGACCUUUGUCACACGCGAGGCCUACUCGACCAGGACCAAGUCCAAGGGUGGCCUCUGCCUCCAAGGUGACGAGUGCGGCUGGCACCGUCUGGAUGCCCUGCGUUUCCGAUCCCACCCUGCAUUCAGACUUCCCAACGAUCCCCCGGCACACCCAGACGGCAGCGUCCAAGCAUACCCGGCCGAGGGCGGAAACGCCCUGCUGGUUGCAGCGGCAUCGGGCGUCUCGUUUGUGGAGAUUUAUGCUGAGGGCGAGGACCUGUGCCAUACGUGGCUCGAGUUCGGUCCAGACGCGGCCAUCACCGGCCAGAGGCAGGUCACCCUGGCCGAGCAGGACCUCCGCGCGAGGCUGCCGCAGAACAAGAAGAAGGGUGUCAUCAGGCUAGCUAUCAAGUCUCACGGCGGAGGCAACCUGGACAUUGCCGACUUCAAACAGUUCGUAUCGGCGGGGUCGGCCGUCAAGAUCGAGGGCGGCAAGCAGAGCGCCAUUCGCAGCAUAAAGGUUGGCAACUCGGCCCUGGACGGCAGCCAGCCGCAGGACGUUGUCUUUACCAGCGCCACCAGGCAGGACCGCGUGCUCUCGCGUGUCAAUGUGUUCCACGGCCUGGGCCUGGAUGGCAUGGAGUUCGUGUACGACGACGGAUCGUCUCAGCAGUUUGGCAAGAAGGGUGGCAAGCCAGGAGGCAGCUCCUUUGACCUGGAUGUACGCCGAGGCGAGGUGAUUGCCGGCUUCUACGUCAGGGCUGGAGCUUGGGUCGACGGGAUUCAGAUUCUGACAAGUCUCGGACGGAAAUCGGAGGUUUUCGGACAGGCACACGGUGGCUCUCCGCAUACGUUGAUACCGCCUAGGGGAUAUAGCAUCUGCGGCGUGUCGGGUACGUGCGGGGCGUGGGUGGACGGGUUUUCCAUUCUCAUCAAACGAUAG